AUGGCUAUUCGAAUUCCCAUUGAUGCGAUUACCUCGCGUUUCGGCGACCGCUUCAACAACAUUCGCAGCCAGUCGCUGAGCACCCGUUUCUCGAACCUUCGUCCGGUCUCUGAGUUCCUCGACUUGAAGCGCCUGUCCAAGCCUGCCAACUUUGGUGAAGUGCAGAGUCGUGUCAACUACAAUCUGUCUCACUUCUCGAGCAACUAUGCCGUCGUUUUUGUGAUGCUCAGCAUCUACAGCUUGUUGACCAACCCCCUUCUGCUCUUCGUCAUCAUCUUUGUGACGGCUGGCCUCUGGGGAAUCUCCAAGCUGGAUGGUCGAGAUCUGCACCUGGGAUUCCGUAGCUUCAAUACUUCGCAACUUUACACGGGUCUGCUGUGCGUUGGAGUUCCGCUAGGCAUCAUCGCUUCGCCUUUCGCGACUGCGUUGUGGCUGAUUGGUGCCACUGGCGUGACCGUCUUCGGCCACGCUGCUAUGAUGGAUAAACCAAUUGAGAAUGCUUUUUCCGAGGAGGCGGUCUAG